GUGGAACAGAAGCGACCGACCGACUGACUUCUUGUAGAUGCCGUCCUCAAACAAACAUACACUGAUCUCUCCUUUCUCACUGAACUUCCUUCUUCUUUCUUUGUAAUCAACCUCCGCAGGUCAGAACACAAUCUUACGAGUCUCGAUCUCCCCCUUCUACAAGCAGGAGCACCAGAUUCGAUCUUUUGCGGUGCUUACUUUCCUGCUCUCUCUAGAAAGCUUCACGUUAUACCGGUUGGGAAUUAUAUCACUUCACUUGGAGGAUAUCAUUAUACAAGGGGGGUUGGUUGGUUGGUUGGUCGGUUGGUCAUAAGGAAGGAUUCCAGCAUGUACAAGCAGUCCUCGGGUCGAAACAACAGGCCGAAAGGCUUCAAGAUCAAGCACGCUAUUCAACUGUUUGUGCUUGUAGCCAUCUGCAUUUGGUUAAUUUAUCAAGUCAAGCAUUCCCAUGAUAAGAAAAGGGAAUUUGACGAGAAAAACAUAAAGACCGCCACCUCCUCCCUUUCAAAUGGUGCUGGUGAUGAAGUUAUAAAAUUCGGGAGAAAGGAUGUUCAAGAUCGGUUUGAGGAAACGACCCUUGUGACGGAUGGGAAGGUUGAAGAAGCUCAAGGACACGAGGAAGAUAACACAAACAAAGAGAAUGAGCAAGAAGAAGAAGAAGAAGAAGAAGACAUCAAGCAUGGAGAAAAAGAAGAUGAAGGCAGAGGGGGUGGAGAUGAUGAGAUAGAUGAUAGUGAUCAACAUAAAUUUGAUAUGGAGCUCGAGCAUGAAGAAAAUUUGAUCGAUGAGAAGGAUGCUGAAGGUAAAGAUACAGAGGACAGGGAGGAUUCCGAGGAGGAGGAAGGUGAAAGAAGAUCAGAAGAGAGGGAGAAUUCCGAGGAGGAGGGGGAGGAAGGUAAAAGAAGAUCGGAGGAGAAAGAGAAUUCCGGGGAGGAAGAAGGUGAAAGAAGAUCGGAGGAGAAAGAGAAUUCCGGGGAGGGAGAAGGUGAAAAAAGACCAGAAGAGAGAGUGAAUUCCGAUGAGGAGGAGGAGGAAGAACGUGAAAAGAGAUCAGAGAGAGAGGAGGAGGACCACGACCACGAGGCACGAGAAGAACACUACAAAGCUGACGAUGCUUCAAGUGCAGUGGCUCAUGAAACUGAAAGGGAGAGCUCAGAGAAAUUGAGUGAGCAGUCUCGAACAGAAGAGGAGGAAAGUGCCAAUAAUGUCAAGGAGGAGGAGGAGGAGGAGGAUGUCAAUGCCAGGGGGCAGAAUUCUGCACAAGGAAAUCAAACUGCAAUGGGAAAUGACAUUCCUCAAAAUGAUGUAACCACCAAUGGAAGCAUAAUUAGUAAUUUAAAUUUGACCAUGAAAAUGGAUGAGAAGGACAGUGAACUCGUCAAUGAUCCAAUUGAGAUGGGUAAAGAAAAUACUGGCGCUCUCUUAAAUCAAAUUCAAGAGGAUUUGCAACAGAAGUCUGAUCCGAAGGCAACCCAGCUAGAAGAAGAAGAAGAAAAAACACAAGAAGAGAUCACAGAGACUAAUUCCCAGAACAAUAUUGUGCAUGAAAGCUUGUCUAAGUUGAAUACAACUACCGAAGGAGAAGGAGGAGACAAGGAAUUAUUAGAUCAUUCCAAUAUGGGGGGCACAAAAGCAGUAGAAGGAGAGGCGGUUGGGGAGGAAACAUUAAACAACUCAGGGUCGUCGAAGGAGGAGGAGGAGGAGUCGGAGUCGGGCAAAGAGAUGGAUCCCAAGUCAGAAGAGUCUUCUGUAAGUGACCCAAUUGAUUCUUCGGAUUCUUCUUCUUCUUCUUCUUCAUCUCAUCUAGAGUCUUCAUCUGUGGAUACCACCACAACCGAAGGAAACAAUAAACACCAAGAUGCUGCCAUCAUGUAAUGAUGAUUUUGGUCUGUUUGUUUUGUUAAAUCGCACAUUUCCAAGGUUGGUUCCUAUUUGUUGUAUGUUGAUUCCUAUUUUGUAUGAGGUAUUGAAAAGCAAAACAUCGCUCUACGAGUGAUGGAAAAAGGAAAAAAUAAUUGUCUAGGCAUGUAUGUUUUUAAGAAAUAGUUCUAAGCUAGACUAGUAGUGUAGUUACUUAUUUUGUGCAUGCUUCCACUUCCCAAAAUUGUAAUGAAAAAAUGUAUAAUUCCGGCUAUU